AAUCUUCCGAUCGACUGCCGCCAUGUCCAGCAAUCCGUGGGGGUCUCUGCUAGCGAGCUGCUGCGGGAUUGGCUGCGGCGCCGCCUCGGGAGCGCGGCCGAGGAAGCUCCGGAGCGGGUCGGACUCGUGGGACGGGAGCAGCGGCGGCUUCUCGGCUGAGGAUCUGUCGCUGACCCUCGCCGGCUCGAACCUGCACGUGUUUUCCAUGGCGGAGCUGAAGGCCGCCACCGGGAACUUCUCGGCAGCGAACUUCCUGGGCUCCGGCGGGUUCGGGCCGGUCUACCGGGGAAUCGUCGACGGCGGGCUCAGGCCGCAGGAGGUCGCCGUCAAGUCGCUCGACUUGGACGGCCUGCAGGGCCACCGGGAGUGGCUGGCGGAGGUGAUGAUUCUGGGGCAGUUGAGGCAUCCCCAUCUCGUUAAACUGAUCGGCUACUGCUGCGAAGACGAGCACAGGAUGUUAGUUUAUGAGUUCAUGCCUCGGGGAAGCCUGGAAAGUCAUCUCUUCAAAGGGCUGCUUGUUUCGUUGACGUGGGAACGAAGGUUGAAGAUAGCAGUGGGCGCAGCCAAAGGCCUCGCCUUCCUCCAUCACGCCGACAAGCCAAUCAUCUACAGAGAUUUCAAGGCAUCCAACAUUCUAGUCGAUUUGGAGUACACAGCCAAGCUGUCAGAUUUCGGGCUGGCGAAGGAUGGACCUCAGGGGGAUGAAUCUCACGUGAGCACGCGCGUGAUGGGCACGCACGGCUACGCCGCGCCCGAAUACGUUUUAACUGGGCACCUCACUGCGAAGAGUGAUGUUUAUAGCUUUGGUGUUGUGCUGCUCGAGCUAAUUGCUGGGCGGCGAUGCGUGGAUAAAACCCGACCGAAUCGGCAAAUGAACCUAGUCGAUUGGGCUAAGCCUUAUCUCAUCGACCCCGACAAGCUAGGCCGAGUUAUGGACCCGAAGCUGGAUGGAGUCUACUCCACCAAAGGAGCCCGAGAGGCUGCAAGAGUAGCCUACAAUUGCCUCGGCACCAAGCCUAAAUUGAGGCCUAACAUGAGAGUCGUGGUGCAGACAUUGGAGCCGCUCAUGGAUCUACGCGAUCUGCCCGUGGGGCCAUUUGUCUACGUGGCACCGAUCGAGGAGGAUGAGGAAAAAGAAAGGAAAAGAGAAGAAGAAGAAGAGAUGGAGUUUAAGGGUGGAGGGGUGAAACAUGGCGAUCUCAAUCGGAGACACAAGCAACGGUUUCCCAACUCGAUGAUUCAUUCCGAUAUUGCGAUGCACAGAGAUGGCGCUACUUUGUACCGCUACUCUCGGUUGUGUAGGUCACUGAGGCAAAAACAGGAACGAGGAGCUUGAUUUGGUUGAUUAAAUGGCUGCAUAGUAACAAAGAGAUGUGAUAUUGAAAUUGAGGGAGGGAAAAAACAUAGUAAUUAGACUUCUUUUGCGAUUACAUAAAGGUUUUUGGAACUAGUUCCAUACUAAUGGUGAAGAUUGGAUAUAAAGACA